GAGCCUAUAUAACUCAUUGGGGGUGAGUUUUCUUGGGACAAGAGAGGUUCUCAUUAAACAAUGAAACUGAUCAAUCUUAGACCGCCUAUACAGCCAUGCACAGUCACACCCAAGAGUCAAGUGCCAAUCAGGUGCUGCACUAUCACUCAACCAGCUAAGCUCAUCAAUAACAACAGUUACUUGAGUAUGGAGACGAAAGCUCCCAAACACUGGGAACGCUUGUUUCUCGAGUCGGGUACCGAUAACUCGGCUUUCUCGCCGGUCAGGCUCAACAAGAGGUGGAUGGAGUAUCAAGGUGUGAAGAAUUGGGAGGGCUUGCUCGACCCUCUCGACGAUUGUUUACGCUGCGAGAUUAUCCGGUACGGCCAUUUUGUCGAGGCCGCUUACCGGUCGUUCGAUUUCGACCCCUCGUCGGCAACCUACGCCACUUGUCUUCACCCAAGAAGCACACUGCUAGACCGGUCCGGGUAUCCGGACACCGGUUACCGGCUUACGAAGAAUCUACGUGCCACGUCGGGCAUUCAGCUGCCACGGUGGAGUGAAAAGGCGCUGAGCUGGGUGGGUACACAGUCCAGCUGGAUUGGUUACGUGGCGGUGUGUCAGGACAAGGAGGAGAUUGCGAGGCUUGGUCGGCGUGACGUGGUGAUCGCAUUCCGGGGCACUGCCACGUGCCUCGAGUGGCUUGAAAACCUGCGCGCCACCCUCACCGGGCUCCCCAAUGGCGGUUCGGAUACCGGGCCACAGUGUUGCCGGCCAAUGGUGGAAAGUGGAUUCUUGAGUUUAUACACUUCCGCCUCACCAACAUGCCCUAGUUUACAAGAUUCAGUGAGAGAAGAGAUUUCCAGGCUUCUUCAAUCAUAUGGUGAUGAACCCUUGAGCUUGACCAUCACCGGCCACAGCCUCGGCGCAGCCCUCGCCACGCUGGCCGCCUACGACAUCAAAACCACCUUCAAACGCCGCGCCCCGCUCGUUACCGUCAUGUCCUUCGGAGGUCCACGUGUCGGCAACCGGAGCUUCCGUCGCCAUCUAGAAAAACAAGGCACAAAAAUCUUACGUAUAGUAAAUUCAGAUGAUCUCAUAACAAAAGUACCGGGUUUCGUAGUCGAUGAAGAUGAUGACGAAAAAAUGAUCAACAACCCAAAAGUCCAUAUGGUUAAUUUUCCUAAUCUUCCCUCAAGUUGGAUCCAAAAACGGGUCGAAGACACCCAAUGGGUUUACGCCGACGUCGGGAGAGAGCUCCGGCUGAGUAGCCGGGACUCGCCUCACCUCUCCGGGAUCAACAUUGCCACGUGUCACGAUCUCAAGACGUAUUUACACUUGGUGAAUGGGUUUGUGAGCUCAACGUGUCCGUUUAAGGCCACAGUGAGAAAGAUGAUGAAUAAGAAGACGACUUUGGUUUAGUCUAAAUUAAUCCAAAUGACUGUCUAAUUGACAAAAGCAUGUGUCCGUGCAAAUUAUACGGACUCACACAGUACAUCUAUAUAUGCACAUAGUCUAACAUUUCCCACCAUUCCAGGGUGGGCAAACCCACGUUGAUUCUCCUGAUUUACAGGCUAGCAUACGUGAUAUGUGUAAAUAUAUAAAAAGUAUAGAGGCGCAGGUUAUAGUGUUUUUGGGUCAGCUUAAAAAGGCAGACUCUGUUUUAUUUUGUAAAGGUAAUGUUUUAAGUAAGGUAAUUGCUCUUAUUUGAGGUCUGUAAUUACACGAAAUGCCAUCACAUCACCGACCGCUUCGUGAGCACCCAGAACUGUAUAAUCACAUGCAGCUACUACUUUGUUGUUCUCAACAAAUCGUCCGCCGUCCAUACCGAACUAUUGGCUCGGUUUAUCUUGA